UCUGCAAUCUUUGGGUUGAGUGGAUUUUGCAAUGGCAUAAAUUGUGAAAGUAUUUUGAAGAUUUGAUAAUAAUCUCAUGAAAAAAAGAUUGUUUCAGUCAAUGAAAAAUAAGUAAUAUAUAGAACUGGAAGAGAGACACUGAAUUGCAGUGGAGUCAUAGAAUUUUGAAAAGUACCUAUAGUUUAAAUGAAAACUGAGUGGCUUUAUUAGAUAUUAGUUUCUUAUAAAAAGAAAGAUAUAUGAAAUGUGUUAAUAAAUUUGACCAAACAAAUAUUUCAGAAUAUUGUAAGUAUGGUAGGAAGAUUAAAAGACAGUGAUGGUGUUGAUCAGGGAGUGACAGAAAUGGUGUUUCAGGGUGGAAUCCAGGUGAGGAUGUGAAAAUGCCACCCGACCUGUCAGAGGCAGAGCGGCCACUGGCUGUGUUCCCCCCCGAGAGCAGCCGGGAGACAACCUGUGAUAACCCCCCACCUAGACUUGCGGCUGAAUGCAUCACCAGCAGCAAUGGAAGGGGUGUGCCGAGGGAAGAGCACCACCCCUUACCCAGACCUGCAGCUGAGAGUGCUGACAGCAACACUGGCAAAGGCGGUGGGGGGCAGGUUCAUCAGCCCCAAGGUUGUGAUGGUGGAUCUAAAGUGGGAGAUGGUGCGAGUGGAUUAACUAACCAGGGUGGGGAGGCUCAGGUCGCCUCAUCCAGUGUGCCAUUGUACCGCCUCUCUCCUGCUCUCAGAGCCACCUUCACCUCAGUGGGAGCCACCGAUAAAGCCUACCCAUUCAGAGAGAUUUUGUUGAUGUUAAAACACUACCUGUACAGUAAACGACACCUUUUUGAUCCUGAUGAUAUCCUUUUCGUAAACUGUGGUGACGAUGAACUAGGAAGAACGCUAGGUGUCAGCCGUUUCCAUUAUGAUGAUGUGAAAUUGUUGAUGGCCAAGCAGAUUACACGAGAGCAGUCAAGGCUUGUACCAAAUACAUUUACUCAGCAGCCACCUGAUACCACAGGUGUAGACAUUGCAAGAACACACAGUGUAGUUCUUGAUAGUGAAACACAGAGAGCAGUUGAUGUGUGUGAUGAUAGGACCAGUAACUGUAGUGCAGUAAACGUCAUAAAAGGAGAGAAUGGAAUUAAUGGCAGAACGCAGGUCCCAGGACUCAACACAUGCAUAGUUAGCAGUACCACUACUGCAGAAAGCAGUAGCAGACUUGUAUCUGACUCAACUUCAGCCACUGUGAGUCCUGUGGCUGGGUCUUCAAGACAGAAUUCAGAAAAUGGCUUUGGAGGAAGGAGACGGCACAGGACAAAAAGCAUAGCCUCUUACUCAUUUUGUAUUCCUGACAUUCCUGAUAGUAAUUCUGAUGUGGAGUCCAUUUACAGUUAUCAAGGCUAUGAGACAGCCUUUUGCCGGAACACUGAGUUUGAGGAGAGUGAGGCUGAGGAUGAGCUGUUUGAGGAGUAUGAGAUAGCUGAUGAUGAUGAUGAUAUCCAAGAGCAGGCUCAUUCUGAUGAUGAUGACUCUGUGAUUGAGGAUGUUGAGGUAACAUUGAUAGCUAUCCAUGCUUUGUGUCAAGACGAUUCGGAUGAAGAUUUUUGGGCUGAUGAUUCAGACACAGAGGACCAAUCUACAGAUGACGAUCCAGAGCUAGUGGCAGAACGCUGGGAUUGUCUCUCAUGUGGUCUCAGAAACAAGCCAUUUGUGCGAUAUUGUGGGAAGUGCUGGCAGAUAAGGAAAAACUGGUUACCAGACAGACCCAAAAAACGCAGGAGGAAAAGGAAGCCAAGACCAAGAAAGAGGUCUAGGUUACGAUCAGAUUCAGUCAAGUCUGAAGAUGUGAACUUUCUUCAAAGCAUGCCAGAGACAAAUGAAAAACAGUCGGCUACAUCUUCUUUUACAAGUGAUAGUAGCCAAGAAGUUCAGGAUUUUGGAGUUUUAACUAAAACACUUUCAACAGCCUCAACUAUCUCAGUCAGUUCUUCACCUGUAAGAAGUCUUUCUAUAGAUCCUCUUAGUUCACAGGAUUCUGGGGUCUGUCUUUCCCAAGACAGUUUCAUAGACUUCAUUCCCGAGUUCAUUAUGGCAGACAAUAAAAAAAUAGAUAAGCAGACUGGCACAGAAAUUGAAGAGACAAUUCAGUCAGGCUCUACAGAAAAACAGCCAAACACCAGUGAAAACUUGAGCACAACCUCAGCUUCAGUCUUGAAAGCAAGAGAAACCAAAGAGGAUUCACAGAGUCGAAAGCGUAAAUCCCUGCCUACAGAAGAGGAAGAAGAAGGUAAACCCUCCAAGCGAGCUAAACUAGAAUCCUCAAGUGAAGAAGAGAGUGAAGAAGAUGUGGAGGAGCAAGCAAAGAGCUUCUACCAAUUCUUGCAAUCCAGUUCUGGGAAGGAAUGGUUGAAAUCACCAGACAGUAAACCAUUCCUUUCAUCUGCACCUGUCAAGGAAGCCCUGAUGGAGGCUAUAGUGGCAAAUAUGAGUAGUGGGUCAAGCACCGAUAUCCAGGAACCACCAUCAGGACUGUCUAUCAUGUGUUCCGUCUGUUUUCUGAGACCAAAAAAUGCAUCAAUUAUCCAUGGCCGCCUUUCUCAUCAGGCCACAUGCUACCAGUGUGCCAGAAGACUACUAAACAGUGGUUCAAGAUGCCCAAUAUGUAAACGAAAAAUUCACAUGGUUUGUAAAAACAUUAUUGCAUAGGAAUAAUCUUACAAGAUUUUGUAAAAAAGUAUACCAGUGUUUAUUUUAUUA